CCUUUUCCCAGGUGAAGGAAGCGCAUGAAUGGAGGCGGCAGCGGCGGGUGCGGAGCGGCUGCGGCAGCUGCGCGUGGGCUUCAUCGGCGCGGGCAGCAUGGCUGGCGCCGUGGCCCGCGGGAUGCUGCGGGCAGGAGAAGUUCAGCCAGAAAACAUCUUUGCUAGUGCCCCAUCCAACACUAAUCUGCACAAGUUCCAGGGCUUUGGCUGCAGAACCACACACUGUAACCUGGAGGUCCUCAAGAGCUGUACCGUGGUGAUCUUGGCUACCAAGCCUCACAUCAUUCCCGUGGUCCUCCACGAAAUUGCUCCUGUGGUCACUGAAAAUCACAUUGUCGUUUCCAUGGCAGCUGGAGUGACACUCCAGACCCUCGAAGAGCUGCUUCCUGCCCAUACGAAGGUGCUGCGGAUGAUGCCCAACCUUCCUUGCGUGCUCCAGUCAGGUGCUGUCAUGCUGGCCCGAGGGACCCGCGUGGGCGAUCCGGAGGCCGCCUUGCUGAAGGCGCUGCUGUCCCCUUGCGGGCUUUGCGAAGAGGGACCCGAGUCCUACAUUGACAUUCACACCGGACUCAGCGGCAGCGGAGUGGCCUACGUGUACACAUUUGCUGAAGCCCUGGCUCAGGGCGCGUUGAAGAUGGGGAUGCCGUGGGCCAUGGCCAAUAAGAUUGCAGCCCAGACGCUCUUGGGAGCUGCCAAGAUGAUCCUAGAAACAGGCGAACACCCGGCGGUUCUGAAGAGCGCCAUCUGCACCCCGGGCGGCACGACUAUCCAUGCUUUGCAUGAGCUAGAGAAGGGGGCUCUGCGAUCUACGGUCAUGAAUGCUGUGGAAGCCGGCACCAACCGGGCCCGGGAGCUGGGCAAGAGAUAGAAGACAGAGAUGCCAUGCUCCUGCUUGAGGAGACGCAGGGAGUCAUUUCCCAACGAAGGAGGAAGUCACUCAAGAGGUGGAAUUACCUUCCUGGGAUGUACACUUUAUGUGUGAAUGAUGCUGAUAAAAAGAUUGAGCCAGAGAGGGGUACGCUGGUUCCGAGGCUCUGGUGAACAGGACUAGUCGUUCGAAACUCUCUCAACGGAGAGUUCGUGCCUAAUAAACAUCAGUUGCAGCCACUGGCAAUCUCUAGUGCUCACACAAA